GGACACAGUGGCUGAAGCUCUUCUCAGUGAUGGCUUUCUCAUCCCAAAGAUGGAUUGUCUGAAAAUGCUAAAUAUCAAAUAUGAAGCAAAUAAAAAUGUAUGGCAGUUCAAAAUUCCUCAGACGUUUUACUGCUUUUGGCAGCCUUUGCUGACAGGCCUCCUUUCCCGAAGUUUUACACAGAUCCUAAUAGAGAAAAUGUUUAUGGAGUUGAAGGAGUGUUCUGACUCUUCAGAACUCCGGCCUCAGUUCUUGAUCAACUGGAUUUCUGAGAUGCUGACUGGCAUUGCCAAAGUAAACGCUGGGAAGAAAAGACAACACUGUAACAAACAGAUGUCCAUGAAGGAGCUGUUCCUCCAUAAAGUUCCUUUGCAGUGGAUAAGACUGACUGAUAAUUGCUUGGAAGCUCCUUGCUGGGCAACCCCACACCUUCUUCAGCUGAUUCUCACAAUCAUGAGACCUCGCUUGCCACGUUCUUCACGGAAGAACCUUCUCUAUCUCGCUUCCGUUUACACGGAAGCAGAUGGCCCUUUGUCCAGUCCAGGCCUCUCUUCAGACUGCAGUGAACAGCCAAUUUACACUAUAGAGAGCUUACAGUGGAGAGCCAGGCAAGAAAAUCAGGUUAAAAAUCAAGGGCAGACUGUGGAGAAACAAGAAGAUGCGCUGGAGAGAGAUGAUGGUGUAGAGGAGGUGGAGGAGGAGGAAGAAGAGAUGGUAACUGAAACAAAUGCUUUGGAAGGACUUGCUCAUUCUGGUAACAUGGUGGCUAUUGCUGAGAAAAGGGCAGCACUGCAAGGGUCCGCCUGGCAGAUCACUGCAGAUGAAGUACGAUGGAAGGACUUUCCUCUUGGGAAACUCCCAGGUCAGACAGAUGACCCUGAUGGUCUCAUGUUGGAUAAUUAUUCCAUGAUGUCCCUGCUUGAUCAGCCAGUGAGAGAUGAGUGGAAGUCUCCCAAUACAAACUCUGCAGAAUUGAAUAUUCCUGUGACAGGAGGAUUGUUAUGGACCCAGAAUGACUUCCAUAAAAUAAAAAGUGGCCUUCAACUUUUCUAAGACAGCAGAGUGCUCUGUGACUUUCAGUAUUGCACAAGAUAAAGUGGCACAGAAGAACUAGUAAUGGUGACACGGAAUUAGCCACACCAGGAUAUUUUUUUUUUUGUGAAGAUUUACUGAUUUUUACCGUGUAAAAUCAGUAUUUUAUAAAGGUGGUGUGUUUUAAGUUCCAUGUGUAGUAACCAUUGUCUUGUUUAACCACUGUGCUGAACUUUUAGCUCUGGUUGAUGGUUGCCCAAUACAGUUACGAGUACUUCGGAAUCCCUCAGUGUUCCUUGAUUAUUUUCAUGGUUAAUAAAUACAACUGACUGAAGGCAAA